ACACAUUCUUACCAAUUGUAAUUCUGACGUCUGUCCACAGUUAGUGUUGCUUCGGGGGACAUUACACUUUCUUCCGUCUGCUCGUUCGAUUCAGGCUCGUAUCGGUAAGGUUUAAUAGAACCAGAUACUUCAGAAUCAUCGGAGUCAGAUUCAAUCUCGCAAACGAGAUCGAGAGAACUGCUUAAAUCCGAUAAGCCUUCAAAACUGUCAUCGCCCUCCAUUACGCAUCAAAAUAAACACUAUAAAAUCUACAGCAGUUGUCUGGCUAGCGUUCUCGCGCUGACGUCACAAGGUAGUGGUAUCAUUUUUACGCCGCAAACUGGGGAGUCGAUUUGUUUCACUUAAAACGUUACAUUUAUCGCGUAAAUAAAGUUUCUCGCCUGUAAACGUUGGUAAGACUACGUAUUAUAAUAAGAUGUAUUGUUUCACACUAAGUUUAAUAUUCGUGUCAUGAGCACUUUAAUGUGUAUUUGUUUCUUCAGUCCGCGAAUUUAAAGCUUCAGCAAAGUGAAAGACGGCAGCUUUUUUAUCUGAAUUUUGUGGGUUGUUUCUUGUAAAUCCUACCCUGAAUUUAUUAUCUUAAAAUGGGAAAUGCUGAUGUUUUUAACACAAUACUUCACAGUAAAAGAAUCAAGUGAUGACAACUUCAUGCCAAUAUGCUGCAAGUGCAUUGAACAUGCUGGUAGUGGUAACAAAGACCUAAAGGAAACUAUUGCAGUGAAUGAUAAAAUACUCAACAUCAUGGAGGGAAUUUACAGUGGUGAGAUGGAUUCUUUGACACCAUGGAAAAAAAUGUUUGUUAAAUAUCAAAUGUUAAAUGGUAACAAGAAUCUACAUGGACGAAGGUAUCAUCCUGAUGUCGUAAGAUGGGCUAUUGAGUUGUAUAGCAAAUCACCAUCCGCUUAUGAGCAGUUGCGAAAGAGUGAAGUCCUAGUUUUACCGGCGAAAAGUACUAUAAAACAAUAUAGAAAUCAAGCCGAUACAAAUGCGGGAAUCAACCAGGAAGCAUUGUCUGAGAUUGAACGAGUGACUGCGGGCGGAAAAAGUUUACCUGGUUAUUUAACAAUAGAUGAAAUGAAAAUUCGGGAAAAUCUUAUUCUAAGAGAAGGAAAGUUGGUGGGUUUCGUAGACUUUGGCCCAAACAACAAUUGCUUACCAGAGAUUGCCACCCAUAUAUUAGUAUUCUAUCUGCGCACAGUCAGACGUGAGAUAUCACUGCCAAUUGCAUGGUAUCCAACAAAAUCCACUUCAGCAGAAAAUCUAGCUUUACUCUAUUGGAACAUUUUGUUUGCAUGCGAAACUAGAAAUGUAAACAUUCAUGCAUUAGUUUCUGAUGGGCAUCCAACCAACAGAAGAUUGUACAAAUUGCUCAGUGGAGUAGAUAAUUUGACAGGAGAAAAUGGGCUGACUGCUCCAAACCCAUGUGCGCCAAAAAGACCUGUAUUUUUGUGCUCUGACCCGUCACAUUUGUUAAAGACUGCAAGGAAUGCAUUGUAUUCAUUAAAGCCAACAGGAAGUCUAUAUUUACACAAAGGUGGAAGAGAUAUAUUGUGGACACAUGUUCAGCAAUUGUUUGAUCAAGAAAGGGCUAUGGCUAUUUUAAAGAGAACUCCUCUUUCUGAAGAGCACAUUAAUCUAAAUGCUUUUAGCAAGAUGAAAGUGAACUUGGCAAAAGAUACUUUGUCUUGGAAAGUUGGAAAAUGUCUGUCAACAAUAAAAGGCGCAGAAGGAACAUCUGAUUAUGUAUUGCUGUUUUCAAAGUGGUUUGAUAUAGUGAACUGUCAUUGGAGUCACCCCAUAAGAACGAUGGAAGAUGACAGAAUAAUUUGGUUGAAAGAACAUUUUAUAAAAACAUUGAUUGAGUGGAAGAGAGAAAUAAAAACCACUGAGAAGAAAACAAUUAUACCCCAACCAACAUUUGAAGGUUUAUUAUUUACAACCUUCAACUUUAUUAACCUUUGUGAGCGACUUUUAUAUUCUUUGGAAUAUGUUUGUUUGUCUUGGAAGUUUUACCCAAGAUAUUUUAGAAGCGUUCUUUGGAAACCUGAGACAACUAGGUCAGCGUUCUCAAAAUCCUGAUAUUGUGAAGCAGCAUAUGGCAUUCAGCACAUAUUGAAGAGAAAGAUAAUUAAGAAAGUUAAGGGUGGGAAUACAACAAACGGAAC